GAACGAAGUCUGUCGUCUCCUCUUUCCUUGUUGUCUUCUGCUUCUUUGUUUCUUUCAUAUUUCAAUAGGCAUUUCUCUUUUGGAAAGCAUGCAAUUUUGAGCUCUUCUAUUUAAUGGCGUCAACGAUCUUAUCCUGAAGGAGUUCCUGAUGUAAAGAACUUCGUGAAUUUGUUAGUGAUAUAAUUUUGUGUUUUUAUCUGUCAAAAAAAACGAUCUUUCACUGUCGGUGGAUUUUUGAUCGAGAAUAUUAAAGGUUUAUCUUUUUCUACCCUAAAACAUGCCAGAAAUUUUGAAACAGGGAUUGGUUGUUGGGCGUCAUUCUUGAGGAUUUGGUAUCAAUUCCAUGAUUGUUUCUGAUGAUGAUUCCAAGGUCUCUUCGUGAGCAGCAGUCAAUUUAGAUUGCCGAAGUUUGUUUUGGGGAGAUAAGUUGGUUUUAAAAUUCAAUGAGUUCUAUUCAGAAAACUGUUUAUUACUUCUGUGUGGCCAAGGGAAACCGAAUACUCUAUUCCUACAGUUGUGGUGACCGUGAGAUCGACUGUUUAGCUGCUCUGUGUUUGGAUAGAACUCCUCCCUUCCACUCUAGGUAUUUUCAGACCAUGGCUAAAAGGACAUUUGGGUUCUUGAUGGAGGAUGAACAUGUUUACUUUACAAUAGUGGAUGAGGGUCUCAAGAAUUCAGGUGCUCUUCAGUUCUUAGAACACAUCAGGGAUGAGUUUAAGAAGGUUGCAAGGAAGGGUUCAAGGAGUAGUUUUUCUGGUUUGAACUCUGUCUGCCUACAAGAACAGCUUGUGCCAGUUAUCCAUCGCUUGAUAUCCUCAUUGGAGCAUGUUUCUCAAUCAAAACCAUUGAAGCAUGUAUCUCAAUGUGAUGGUGGAUGGAUUUCUGAGGUUCUCCCAUCCCAUCAUCAUCUUAGCAUUCCACCUUCUCCAGGAUGCAGUGGUAAUACCCAAAUUGAAAUUGCCACUCAUAAGGCCCCCCUGCUUGGGAAGUCUAGCAAGCAAGAGAGGAAAAUGAAGGAUCGUGUAGUCGACAUUCGAGACAACUGUCCUGAGGAGCACCGGAGGUCAAUGGAUAGGGGAAUUAAGGGUAGUAUGACAACCACUGAAUCUACUCAUCAAGGCAAGGCGGUCUCUGCAAUCUCGUUGCAGAAGAAUUCAAGCUCAAUGAGAAUUAGAACAGGUCCACAGCAUCCUGAAAGGCGGUGGUGCCGCAAAGUCUUGAUUGUAAUUGUGGUUGAUGCAGUUGUAUGCUUUGUUUUAUUCAUCGUUUGGUUAAGCAUUUGUGGUGGUUUCCGUUGCAUUUCCAAGUGAGAGCUCUCUUAAACUUGGGUUCCUAUUCGAUCAUGAAAUUGGAACUGCUACAGCCAGAAUGUAUUUAUCAAAUAGCUUCAGAUUUCUGUGAAGAAAUGAAUCAUCAAUCUUUCAGUGGAUUUCUUAUAAAAGUGAUGGAAAUGCUUAUAUUUGAGGUAUGAACUUCAACCCAAUAGCUAGGUGUUAACAUUCUUGUAACUUUCUUUGUAUAGUUAUCCCAUGGAUUCAGUGCAUAUAAAUUUUGAGAUGAAAAUCAUGGUUUUGUGCCUAUAAUGCUAUGCAAUUGCUAUGAAAUUCGGUGUUCUUUUUU